AUGCCUUCACCCACUUCUAAAUUCCACCGAUUCAAGUACAAAAACUUUCACGGCUUGGUCUAUUGCGACUAUUGCGAAAAGUUACUAUGGGGUCUUGCUCGUCAAGGGGUGCAAUGUAGUGAAUGUGGAUACAGUUGUCAUGAGGAAUGCAGCAAAGUGGUAGUGCAGUGUCGUCCACCACGACGAGUGAGCCCUGAUUCUCUCUCCAUCACGGAUUCCGAAGCUGAAUCAGUAUCCAAAUACUCGUCUCCCACACGCCUGGUUAUGUCUCCAACCGAGGAUCGUCAAGCCAAACGUACACCGCCUCUUGCCGAACCACCCGAUAGACAGCAUCGAUCGAGUGAUAUGAUGGAUACAGCAUUACGUUCACCCACGUUUUCAGGUGCAGGAUCGGUCACUUCCAACCAUCAUCAUCAUCACCAUCAUCAUCAUCAACCAACACCCUCGUUAAGUGGAUCAGUAAAGGCGUAUCGUAAAUCAAUCAAACAACAUGUGCAAAACACCAUCAUGGCAGCUGUACCCAUGACAUCGUCUAUUCAAGCAAACGGCGUACUUAGUCCUCAAUUGACCGCCAAAGCAUUCACAAGAGUGGUUGCACGAUCCAGGGCAUUUUUCAAUCUGAGUCAUUGGCUUUACAAGGUAUACGCUUGGCAACACAUACCAACAUCAUGCAUGUGUGUGGUAGCGUGGGUGGUUCUAUGUUUAUAUCCAAUGUUGCUCAUGUUUGCACCGCCGGUAUUCAUCGUUUGGUUGUAUUUCCGCGUGGGUGUCCAAUCGAUUCCGGCAUCACAAGUCUUGGUGCCACGCUAUGAUGAGAAUUCCCCAGAGUAUUUCAGCAAUCUUGAAUCCAUGCAACAAUCCAUGCUCUUUGCUAUACGAAUCUAUGAUAAUCUCGCCUAUCAUGCCCAGCACAUUCCUCUCACACCUCUCGCUUACCAGCUCCUUUUGGGUGUCACGGCAGCUCUUUCAGCUUUGCUUUGGUGCUUUGGCCGUUGGAUCAUCAUGUUUGUCGGCCUCGUGAUUUUGCUCAACAAGACAUGGAUGGGGAGUGCUGCUGAAGUAGGCAUUCAAUUUGUCAUGGAAUUAUUACAGACGGCCCUUGAACUCGUAUCACGUAUCUUGUUUCCAAGAUUGGGUAAUGGUAGUAAGAGCAACGGUGUCCCUUUAACAGCUCCAGUCAUCGUCUCAGUAUACGAGAAUCAACGUUGGUGGGCAGGCAGUGGAUUCACUUCACAGUUGCUACGAUCAGAGCGAGUUGCAUGGUCAAACUUGACAGGAUCAGAACCAUUGCCAUCCAAGGAUGAAAUGCCGCCGCCACCAUCAUACGAGUGGGACGAGAAUAGUAAUUGGGAAUUGGAUGUUACUGGGCCAUGGACCGAUGAACAGCUUGGUAUAGGCGAUGGUGGAAUGUGA